CCCCGCCCACCUUAGCGGAUCAAGUUUGAAUGAACUGCAACAGCCUUGCUCUGAAGGUGCCAGGAGCAUUCGAGGUAAUUAUUAAAAGUGUGUAUCAAAGGGCACGCUAAGCUAGGAUGGAGAUGAAGAAGAGAAUUCACCUGGAACUGCGGAACCGUACUCCGUCGGACGUCAAAGAGCUUAUUCUUGACGACUGUCGCUCCAAUGAUGGCAAAAUCGAGGGGCUAACAGAGGAAUUUCAGGAGCUGGAAUUCCUGAGCACAGUGAGAGUUGGACUGACUUCGGUCGCCCACUUACCGAAGUUAAAAAAACUCAAAAAGCUUGAACUCAGCGAUAAUGAGAUUUCCGGAGGCUUGGAAGUGUUGGUCGAGAAAUGUCCCAACCUCACUCAUCUCAAUUUAGGCGGCAACUGGAUUAAAGACCUCAGCACCAUUGAACCACUGAAAGAUCUGGGGACCCUGAGAAGUCUUGAGCUGUUCACGUGUGAGGUGACAAACCUGAGCGAGUACAGAGACAGCGUUUUCAAGCUACUACCACAGCUCACCUAUCUAGACGGAUUCGACAAAAACGACAAAGAGGCGCCGGAUUCUGACGCCGAGCUCUACGCAGAAGGCUGGGAAUGCAGCUAUGAAGAGGAGGAUGCCCUUGGUUUUUACCCAGAUGAAGAGGAUCUUGAUGACGAUGCACCAUCAGGAGAAGAAGAGGAAGAUGAGGCAGAUGACGAUGAGGAGAAUGAAGAGGCUGGGCUGAGUGGAGAAGAGGAAGAUGAGGAGGACCUGAAUGACAAAGAAGUAGAUGAUGAGGAGGAAGCAGAAGAGCAACAAGACCGGGGUCAGAAAAGAAAACGAGAAGUGAAUGAAGAAGGAGAAGAUGACGACGACGACGAUGACGAUGAUGAUUGAGGUGUCAUUUGAACUUGCAGGUCUGCUUGAACUUGUGUGUCCCAGUCUCUUCCCGGUAACCAAGUGAUUCUCCCGUCAGAAGGAGAGCUUUGGUUCUUUGCCCUUUUGUCACAAGCACUGCACCUUUGAAGAUCUUUCCAGUCCACUUUUAACUACUUUGCAAACACAUAUUUUAUAAGCUUGGCAAGGAUAAACGUUUUAAGAGUUACCUGGGGUGUUUUCUCACUCUUUGUAUGAGACCCGUUUGUGAAUACAUAUGUAUUUUAAGACCUCCAUUUUAAAGCAACAGAAAACGCAUGCCUAGUUCUGAGUCGUAGUUUCAGAUAUGUGAGCCGGGAUCCCAUCCAGUAAUCUGUCCCCUUGUCUUAUUUUUGACUUAGAGUAUACUUUAUUUCAUAGAAAUAAACCAUGUGUACUAUGCUAUCCUGACAUUAACCAUGUGCUGAGGGUGACCCUCUGAGGUAUUUAAAUAAUAGCAUCAGUCGACCCUUGUCAAAACCUAAGCUUUCAUAGUUCGGAUAUUACGUGUUCUUGUAAAUAUUGACCAAAUCUAUUUUUUUGUAUUCUCACUGAUAGCAGCAGACAUUGAGCAUAUAACUGAUCUGAACCCAUACAAUGUAAGAUGUGAAUGAUGUAUUCUACUUCACUCAGAACGGGCAGUGUGAAACCUCUUGGAGUUUAACACCACUUUUUAAACCUAAUCUCGCCAGAAAGGUGAAUAAUUCAUAAUCAGAAUUAUCUCUGUGCAUGUCCAUAUUCUUGUCUGUGACAAACUAUUCGACACUAUUUGGAAAUGUGCUGGGAGUACAGCCAAAGUCUGGUUUGUCUGUGAAUGUUAAAACUGCUUCUAUGUGCAGCGAACUUAACCUCUCUUACAGUAUUCAAAUUAUUACAACACACAACCUGGUCAAAUCGGCCUUCAAUACCCUUUCAAAUUGUUUGUCCUCUUCCCAUUUACAACAAUAAAAGCCGUUUAUUUAUA